GGGCAGAAUCCUUUCGAACUGGCCUUCUCCCUAGACCCAGCCCACCACAGGGACGCUGACUUCAGCCUGCAGUGCGAGGCCCGCCCUGACAUGCCUGCAAGCCAACCCAUUGACAUCCCAGAUGCCAAGAAGAGAGGCCGGAAGAAGAAGCGGUGUCGUGCCACUGACAGCUUUUCAGGCAGGUUCGAAGAUGUCUACCAGCUGCAGGAGGAUGUGCUCGGGGAAGGGGCCCAUGCCCGCGUGCAGACCUGUGUCAACCUUAUCACCAACCACGAGUAUGCUGUCAAGAUCAUUGAGAAGCAGCCAGGCCACAUCCGCAGUAGGGUUUUCCGGGAGGUGGAGAUGCUGUACCAGUGCCAGGGACACAGGAAUGUUCUAGAGCUGAUCGAGUUCUUUGAGGAGGAGGACCGCUUUUACCUGGUGUUUGAGAAGAUGCGUGGUGGCUCCAUCCUGAGCCAUAUCCAUAAGCGGCGGCACUUUAAUGAGCUUGAGGCCAGUGUUGUGGUGCAGGACGUGGCCAGUGCCUUGGACUUCCUACACAACAAAGGCAUUGCCCACAGGGAUCUAAAGCCAGAGAACAUCCUCUGUGAGCACCCCAACCAGGUGUCCCCUGUUAAGAUCUGCGACUUCGACCUGGGCAGUGGCAUCAAACUCAAUGGAGACUGCUCCCCCAUCUCCACCCCAGAGCUGCUCACCCCGUGUGGCUCAGCCGAGUACAUGGCUCCGGAGGUGGUGGAGGCCUUCAGCGAGGAGGCCAGCAUCUACGACAAACGCUGUGACCUGUGGAGCCUGGGUGUCAUCCUUUAUAUCCUGCUCAGCGGCUACCCGCCUUUCGUUGGUCACUGUGGCAGCGACUGUGGCUGGGACCGUGGCGAGGCCUGUCCUGCCUGUCAGAAUAUGCUGUUUGAGAGCAUCCAGGAGGGCAAAUAUGAAUUUCCGGACAAGGACUGGGCUCACAUCUCCUUCGCCGCCAAAGACCUCAUCUCCAAGCUGCUUGUCCGUGAUGCUAAGCAGAGGCUGAGUGCUGCCCAAGUUCUGCAGCACCCCUGGGUGCAAGGGUGUGCCCCUGAGAACACCUUGCCCACACCUAUGGUCCUGCAAAGGAACAGCUGUGCCAAAGACCUCACAUCCUUCGCAGCCGAGGCCAUUGCCAUGAACAGGCAGCUGGCCCAGCGUGAGGAGGAUGCUGCCGAGGAGGCUUCUGGGCAGGACCAACCCGUUGUCAUCCGUGCUACCUCACGCUGCCUGCAGCUGUCUCCACCCUCUGAGUCUAAGCUGGCCCAGCGGCGGCAGAGAGCCAGCCUGUCCACUGCCCCGGUGGUCCUCGUGGGGGACCGUGCGUGACCUCCUCAUGGUUCCCAUCUGUACAUAAGUCACCCCUUUCUCUGUCAAGUCUAAAAGGUUUUUAAGCUAUGG